UGUGUCGUCAUUUCGUUUCCGUUUGCUUGCUCUUCUUCACCAGGUGCUGUUAAUUAGGCCCCAAACUAAGGAGAACGUCAUCAGUGAUAAUACUCUUCAGAUAAGGUUGAAUUGUUAACCGUAAAAUAAAAAAAACAUCAGACUUACAGGCAUGGUUUACCCGUUACUGCUGUUCAUGCUGCCGCUGUUGUCCUCCACCGAUGGAGGAACGCCACCGACGUUCGAGGCAUUAAAACAAACGACCCAGGUGAUGAGAAAUGUUUCCCGGAGGGACACACCGACUCUGCCCGUACGGGGAACCCUGCCCCCGGUUCGGGCUAACGCCAGUCCGCCCAGAGCUACGGGUGAUUCCGUGAGCACUUCGUGCGAGCUCAACAAGAUGGUCGUGCAGGUGCAGAGGAGCAUUUUAGGCACCGGUGAGCCGGACUCUCAAGUCAAACUGGGGACAUGCCAAGCCAGUAAAUCCACGAGGGAUUACCUUUAUUUUGAAUACGACGUUGGCAUGUGUGGAACCAAACGCACGAUAAUUAAUAACCAUGUGGCCUAUUCAAACACGCUACAAUAUGAUCCAUUAAGGCUCCAAGGACCAAUCAGGCGAGCUGUGCCGUUCUCCCUGCCUGUUGCAUGUUAUUAUAACAGGUACCAAUACUCCGAAUACACACCAAAGAUGCGGCUGCGCAAGAUCGUCACAGCAAUGAGGAAAAGAGCAAAAUUCAUUCUGACUCCUCGAAAUGCUCAGUGGGAAAAGCUUUCGCCGUCGGAUCAGUACGUGCUCGGGAAGUCCAUGUACUUUGAGGCAGAGGCUCGGUCCGUGUCCCGAAACAAAAGACUGUACGUCCACCUGUGUUACGCAACUCCCGAGAAGUCCCACACCUCCACACCUCAGUUUCCAGUCGUGCAAAACUUUGGGUGUAUGGUUGAAAGCAAGGACAGUCGCUCCAGAUUCAUCCCAUACAAAAGCAAUGCUGUGAGAUUCUCUGUGGAUGCCUUCUACUUCACGGGAAUGACCAGCCAGCAUAUCUACAUGCACUGCUCCAUGUCUUUGGGCAGCUCUGUCCCCACACCCACAGCAAAGUCCUGCAACUACAACACUCAAACAAGAAAAUGGGUUGAGCUAUAUGGACCAGACCUGGUGUGCACCUGCUGCGACUCCAACUGUAGCUCUGCUGCUUCCACCGUGACUAAAAUAAUCAGCAGCCGACCGUGGACAAUAGAGGCUAAAGUGAAACCCAGCACAGCCUCAAAAAGGAAGGUCUCCACCACCACCACAGCUCCACAAAAGGAGACAACCAGAGAGGUCACUGAGUGGACGACGACUUCACAGCCUGAAGCGAUGGCAGUGUCUCUGACCGGUAAGGUGGAGGAGUUCGAGUGGCUGUUCGGAGGCGAAGGAGUGGCGUGGGUUGAGGUGGACGGUGAAGAGAAGCAGGUGACGGGCUCUGCUGUUGUGGAGAUGGAGGUCACAGAACCUCACACAAUAUAUGAAGAAAUCUUUUCGAUUUGAUGAAUAAAGCUGUUUGUACAUUGAGAAAUUCAGUCCUGA